AUGCCCGUCUCGCAGCCAAUCAACAAGCCCGCCCGCGGCGACACCUCAGACUACCGGCCGGUCCACCAAGACGACAGGCAAGACGACACCCAAGAUGCCAAUGAGGAGGAGGAGGGAGUGGCGUCCUCUGCCUACCUGCCGCCGCGCCGUUCGCGGGCCGAUCGCCGGUACCGCACCACCAUCCUCGUCCUAGUCGUGGCGCUCGUCGUCCUGCUGGCGGCCAACCUGUACCUGUCGCUGCCGUAUCUGAUCCCGGGCUCCGACUCCGGCUCGUGUCCGAAGCCGAGCAAGGUGCCCCAGUAUUUCCAGACAUCGCCGGAGCUGUGGGCCGGCCCGACGGCCACCGGCCGCGCCGCCUUCCUGGCCCAGACGAGGGCCUUUGAUCCCACCGCGACGUUUGUGCCCAACGAGCCGCUGCAGACGGCCAUCCCCGUCGCGGGCAUGAAGCCCGGCAACGACACCAUCUUCAAGAUGAUGGGCUACCUGUCCCCUUACUUUCCCUCGCCGGGCUUUGGCGUUGACGAGUACCCCCUUCCCCCGGGGGCCGAAAUCGUCCAGGUCCAGAUGCUGUCCCGCCACGGCGCCCGCUAUCCUACUUCUGGGGUGGGCGUCGUAGACUUUGCCAAGCGCAUUGCCAAUGCCUCGGACAAGUUCAAUCCCAAGGGGCCGCUGAGCUUUCUCAAGGAUUGGGAGUAUCAUCUUGGAUCCGAGAUUCUGGUGCCCAAGGGCCGCGAGGAAUUGUACAACUCGGGUGUGCUCCAUAGCUACAUGUAUGGCAGGCUGUAUAAUCCCAAGAGCAAGAUUAUUGUUCGCACAACUACACAGGAUCGCAUGCUCAAGUCAGCAGAAAACUGGAUGGCUGGCUUUUUCGGACUGGAAUGGACCAACAACGCAACUAUUGAAGUCAUCAUCGAGGCCUCUGGCUUCAACAAUUCCCUGGCAGGUUCACUCAAUUGUCCGAAUGCUAAUUCCAAACACUCGGCCAACGAGGCCAAGCAGAAGUGGAUCGAAACCUACCUCAAAGAUGCUGUCCCCCGCUUCCAGAACAUGACAGAGGGGUUCGAGUGGACCGUUGAUGAUGUCUACAAUGCUCAGACCAUGUGCCCUUAUGAGACGGUGGCAUACGGCUUCAGCAUGUUCUGCAACUUGUUCACUUAUGAGGAAUGGCAAGGCUUUGGCUAUUCCAUCGAUUUGUGGUUCUCGGGAGGCAAUGCCUUUCAGAGUCCUGUCGGGAGGGCAACCGGCAUUGGGUACCAGCAGGAAGUCCUUGCCCGGCUGAAGAACCACACCCUCGGCUAUUCAGGCUCUCAAAUCAACGUCACCCUGGACAACAACACCGAGACGUUCCCGCUUAACCAGAGCCUCUACUUUGACUUCUCCCACGACACCAACAUCAUCUCCAUCCUCACCGCGUUCGGCCUGCGCCAGUUCGCGGAAGACCUCCCAGCCGACCGAUACCCGGGCGCCCACAACUUCACCGUCUCCCACCUGACCCCCUUUGGCGCCCGCCUCGACAUUGAAAUCAUCAAGACGCCCAAGCCCGUCUCGCCCAACCGCGACGGCUACCUCCGCGGCGAAGAGCAAAAGUACGUGCACUUUGUCCUCAACCAGCGGACCAUCCCCCUGGGCCUGAGCUUCCCGGAGUGCGACGCCAGUCGCAAGGACGGCUGGUGCGAGUUUGAGACGUUUGUCAAGAUACAGGAGGGCAUGUCUGCCAAGGCGAGCUACGAUUAUGCUUGUUUCGGCGAUUAUCCAAAGGAGCCUUUUGGCAAGAUUACAGACGGUGCUCCGAAAUGA